UUUGGAGGUACCAAAAUGGCGGCCAUUGGAUUAUUGUUGUUGACAUUUGGCAGAGCGAUGCUCUGGGUGACGUAGGAAUAGAGAGUGGGAUUUAUAGCGGGUGGUGUCGGAAGUGGAUUCAGUUGGCACAAAACCAUUGACUGGUUAUAAGGAAGAAACAUGCGGAGAGGUUGCAUUAAUUUUAUCCUCGUUGCUGUAGUACUAUGGAAUCUUGCAGCUGCGCAGAAUACCGCCAUCCACUCAUUUCGUAGUCAGAAGUUACUCCACGAGGCAAGCUCUCUCAGUGAUAAGCAAGUGGAACUGGUGUCACAGCUGUCAAACACAACGAAUUUGAAUGAAAUAUUGGAUGAAAUCUGUGUUGUCAGGGUUGUGGGAACACCUAAGCAUACAGAAGUUGGGGAUUACAUAAAGAAUUAUAUGGACAAUCUGGGAUGGUCCACAGAAGUUGACGAAUUCAAGGCGACCACGCCCAAUCUAGGGAGAUUACCGUUCCGAAAUAUUAUUGCUAAAUUAAAUGGCGGUGCACAGAGAUACUUAACGUUGGCAUGCCAUUAUGAUUCAAAAUACACGAGAGAAGGCGACUUCGUGGGGGCAACUGACAGUGCAGUCCCGUGUGCUCAGAUGAUGAACUUAGCUGCAGUCAUGAAAACAUACCUAGAGCCACUAAAAAGGACAAAUUUGAGCUUCAUGUUUAUAUUUUUUGAUGGAGAGGAAGCUUUCCAGACUUGGGGACCCACAGAUUCCAUUUAUGGAUCUCGACAUCUAGCCAAGAAGUGGCACGAGAAGAUUAACACGAUUGGGAGUGAAUCAGAUAUUACAGAUCUGGAUAAAAUAGAUCUACUGGUGCUAUUGGAUCUGCUCGGUGCUCCAGAUCCCAAAUUCUACAACUAUUUCGACAAUACAGAGAAAUGGUACCAUCAGCUCAUGAAUGCAGAAAAGCACCUGGGGAACUUAAACUUGUUCGUUAACUCUUCUUGUAAUCGCCCGAAACAAACCUACUUCCAGCCAUAUUCCAUUGAUGGCGGUGUUGAAGACGAUCACAUUCCAUUUGUGACCAGAAAUGUGCCUAUUCUCCACUUGAUUCCAAGUCCCUUUCCGAAGUUCUGGCACACCUCCAAAGACAACAGAAAAGCUAUCAGCAUUUCGACCACUGAGAAUUUAAAUAAAAUACUCCGAAUAUUUGUUGCUUCCUACUUCAAGCUAAAAGUGUGAUGUAAACGAUGGUUGUGACAAUUAAUGUUGUUGAAAAUUUU